GUCCGCACCUGAAAAAGAUAUACAAGUAAAUUCGAUGAGGUUUGCCCAGUUUGCCAUACCGGCACCCCGUGCAGCACUUGUCAAGGGGUAACUCGGCCUUCGCUCCUGGGGUGGAUGUCUAGUUAUAUUAUCCAGCUGCGCAGCGCAGCAGCCAAAGACCGUGUGUAGAGCUAGUCGCAACUUCCUAUCCUGGUUUCUCAUUCUUUCCUCUACUUUGAGGUAUAAGUGCCGGUGACCCCAUCUUCUAACAUUCCCUCUCUGCUUUGGCUCAUCCCUUUGCAUGUUCCCUUUCCGUUAAGUUAUCAUCGUUCAAGAUGCCUAGCUUGAACCGUGCCGAGUACUCUGCACUUCCAGUGACGGAGGAUCGAAAAGACGAGGAUGACAAUCCUGUCAAGCCUCCAAAACGGCUCUUUGCUUUCCUUACAUUUUUGCUAGCUUUAUUGUUGUUUGCUAUUGCGAUUAUUGUUCUUGGACGCUCGAAUUAUUCUCCCCCCGCAGCGGAAUCGAUCGUCGAUCAAAAGGUCACGGAAGCCUUUCAUGAUCACCUGGCACGAGCAGGUGGUGAUGAAUAUCUCAUAGGAGUUGGAAAGGCUGAUAUCACUGGGUAGGAAACUAUAGUAAAGAACGCAGUUCUAACGAGCUUUCACUGACAUUUCUUGUAGCCCGGUGGUCGAAAUCAAUUUCAUGGGCUAUGCUAGCUUGCCUCAAAUCGGUAAGUUUUUCUUUUAUUCUCAGAAAUUUCCAACGGCUGCGUUCAUGUUAUGUGCGUUGUGUUUGGCUUGUAUCACAAAUUCGCUGACUCCAUACUUCAGGUACUGGUCUUCGCCAAAGGCUAUAUGCGCGAACAUAUAUUGUUGGAAGUAAAACUACUCCAACUGAUCGCUUUGUGUACAUGGUAAUUGACACCGCCAAUGGAGAUACCGCAAUCCGAAACGGUAUCUUGGAAGGAGUUGCCGCUCUUGGUUCCGGCUACUCAAUGUACGAUACUUCAAAUAUCGCCGUCACGGGAACACAUUCGCAUUCCGGUCCUGGUGCAUACAUGAACUACCUUUUACCGCAAAUCACUUCUCUCGGGUUUUCUGGGCAAUCGUAUCAAGCGAUUGUCGAUGGAUCAGUACUUUCUAUCAAAAGGGCUCAUGAGAGUUUGGCUCCUGGGUAUCUCGAUUUUGCUGAUACAACGGUCGAGGAUGCUAAUAUUAAUCGGAGUCUUUUCGCUUAUAUGGCAAAUCCAGCUUCUGAGAGAGCCAAGUAUAGCAGUGAUGUGGACAAAACCAUCACCAUGAUGCGUUUCAAGCGUGCUUCAGAUGGCUUGAAUACUGGAGUUUUGGCAUGGUUGGUCCCAUGAUCCUUUUAGACGAACCUUCACUCUGACAUCUGAGACAGGCACAGCGUUCACGGAACUUCCAUGUUGGAGAACAACACCCAUGUCACAGGAGGUCAGUAUCUUCAGGAAGUGGACAAUACCAUCAUUACUAACUCCAAUCGGCAGACAACAAAGGCCUCAGCUCUUAUCUUUUUGAAAAGGCCAUGGCUUCUGAUCCGUCAGCUGCCCCAGGAUUCGUAGCUGCUUUUAGCCAAAGUAGUGUUGGUGAUACCUCACCAAAUGUCCUUGGCGCUUGGUGCGAUGAUGGCUCUGCAACUAUGUGCACUUUCGAGAAUUCUACUUGUUCAGGAACUAGCCAAGCUUGUCAUGGUAGGGGUCCUGCUUUCGAAAAGCUCGAUCUUGGGGUGUCAAGCUGUUAUGAAAUUGGUCGCAGAGUCUUUGCAGCAGCUAAAACUCUCUACGUAAGAUUUUGCAGUUUAUAUAUAUCUUCGAGUACGCAGAACCCAAAUACUGAUGUUCAUUUAGGACUCAUUCGAUAGUGUCGCAACCCCAGUGAAGGAUCCAAGCGUCAAGGCCUAUCAUACGUUCAACGAUAUGAGCUUCUUCAACUUUACCCUUCCAGAUGGAACUGCUGCACAAUCAUGCCCAGCUGCACUUGGUUAUGGAUUUGCUGGUGGAACCACUGAUGGUCCAGGAGCCUUUGAUUUUACUCAAGGAGAUACUGAUAACGAUCCCAAAAACCCGCUUUGGGUUAUCGUGUCCAGCGUGCUUAAAGCACCGAGUGAACAACAGAAGGCUUGUCAGUCUCCAAAGCCUGUUUUGCUAGAUGUUGGAGAACUGAAUACUCCAUAUGCAUGGUCCCCAAAUAUUGUCGAUAUUCAGAGUUUCCGUGUAGGUCAAUUCAUAAUGAUUGUUAGUCCGAGUGAGGCAACAACAAUGGCUGGUAGAAGAUGGAAGGAGGCCGUGGCAGACGCUGCCACUUCCAUCACCACUUCAACUCCAAAGGUUGUCAUCGGAGGUCCAGCGAAUACGUACGCACAUUAUGUUUCUACGAAAGAAGAGUAUGGUAUCCAAAGAUACGAAGGUGCUUCUACCCUCUACGGUCCUAAUGAGCUUGACGCCUAUAUCUUCCUCUCCAAACAAAAUCUUCAAUAUCUUGCCCCAGGAUCAACGACCAAACCUUCACCUGGUCCAACACCACCUGAUAAUCGCCAAAAUUCCUUGAACUUAAUGACUGGUGUUGUCUUUGACACUGCAGGAAGCAGAAGUUUUGGAGACGUCAUCACCCAACCAGCAGGAUCUUAUGCCCGUGGUGCCGUCAUCAACGCGACAUUCGUAGGCGCCAAUCCCCGCAACAAUCUCCGUCUUGAAGGAACAUUCACGGCUGUCGAGAAUCUCCAGAAUGGCAACUGGGUCACGGUGAGAGAUGACAGUGAUUGGUUCCUGGUCUACAGCUGGUAUCGUGAUAAUGGCCUUACCGGUACUAGUCAUGUGGAUGUGAGUUGGGAGACGGAGAGUUAUGCUACGCCGGGGACGUAUCGUAUUCGGUAUAAUGGCGAUUCGAAGCCGCUUGUGGGGUCGAUUAGGGCGUUUACGGGGGUUAGUAAUAGUUUUACGUUGGUUUAGGAUGUUGACUUUUCUCUUGGUACUAGUAGGGUUGGGAAUGG